AUGUACGUCCGACUCUCGACGCUGGCCCUGGCCGCCAGCCUGCUAUCGCUAUCGCCCUCGAUCGCCAUGGUGGCCGCCCUGUCGGCCAAGGACAUACCCUCCGACACUCCCAUCUCCGCCCUGCUCAGCUCGGCCCAGCAACAUCUCGCCAGGGGGGAGACGGGCGACGCCCUCGUAUACUACGACGCCGCUGUAGCCAGAGACCCCAGCGACUACCUGACCUACUUCAAGCGCGCGACCACCCAGCUCUCCCUCGGCCGCACCUCGCAGGCCGCCGACGACUUCCAGAAGUGCCUCCAGCUCAGGCCCGGCUUCGAGGGCGCCCACGUGCAGCUGGCCAAGCUCAAGGCAAAGUCGGCCGACUGGGAUGGCGCAAAGGAGCAGUACACACACGCCAAGAAGGGCCAGGGCUCGCCCGAGAUGGACGAGCUGCUCGAGGCCCAAGGCGCCGCCAGGCUGGCCGAGGAAGCCCACGCAGCCGGCAACUGGGACGAGUGUAUCAACCAGGCCGGCGUCGCCAUCAUGGUCGCGAACCGCGCCGUGUCGCUGCGGGAGAUGCGCUCGGCCUGCCGUUUCGCCAAGGGGGAGGUCGAGGAGGGCAUGGGCGACCUGCAUCACAUUGUCAACCUGAAGCCCGGCAACACCUCCCCCCACGUCACCAUCUCGGCCAUCACAUACUUCGCCCUGGCCGAUCUCCAACAGGGCAUGACGCAGAUCAGGAAAUGCUUGCACUCCGACCCCGACUCCAAGGUCUGCAAGAAGCUGCUCAAGGAAGAGAAGGCCAUCGAGAAGACAAUCGCCAAGGUUGAGAAGGCUUUGGGGAAGAACCAGCCCAUGACGGGGACAAAACUCCUGAUCCCUUCGGCAGACGACGCGGGCCUCAUCCAGGAGGUCAAGGAGCAGGUGGCUGAACUCCGACAGCAAGGUGUCAUUCCCGCAGCCGCACCAAGCCUGCUCGUGGCGAAACUGGUCGAGCUGGCUUGCCAAGGUUACUACGAGAUGAACGGCAAGAAGGCAGAAGAGUACUGUGCCGAGUCCCGUGCCCUGGACGAGAACUCAUUCUACGGCUUGCUCCACGACAGCAGGAAGGCGCAGGAGUCGGAGGACUACGAAGGCGCCGUCAGGCUGCUGGAGAAGGCCAAGGAGGUCCGGCCCGAGAAGCAGGAGGUCGUCAACCCCCUCCUGCGCGACGCCCAGAUCGAGCUCAAGCGCAGCAAGACCAAGGACUACUACAAGGUGCUCGGGGUGACCCGCGACGCGGACGAGAAGCAGAUCAAGUCGGCCUACCGGAAGCUGUCCAAGGUGCACCACCCGGACAAGGCCGCCAAGCAGGGCCUGACCAAGGAGACGGCCGAGAAGAAGAUGGCGUCCAUCAACGAGGCCUACGAGGUGCUGAGCGACCCGGAGCUGCGGGCGCGCUUCGACCGCGGCGACGACCCCAACUCGCAGGAGCAGCAGAACCCGUUCCAGGGCAACCCCUUUGGUGGCCAGCCCUUCAUGUUCCAGCAGGGCCACGGCGGGCAGCAGUUCCAGUUCAAGUUCGGCGGCGGCGGCGGGUCACCAUUUGGCUUCUGA